AUGGUUGAAGAUGAUGAGCCUGCAGGCGGCGAUGUCGACCGCGGCCCCCAAUCCCUGGUGCUGUUCUGGGUCACGGCGAGUGUCGGCACAAUCAUCGUGGGCCUGCGGCUGUUGGGAAGACGGAUGCGAAAAUCGACGGGAUGGGAUGACCUGAUGAUGCUCGUCACUCUUUUACUGUACGUCACAUACGCAGGUUGCCUGACAAGAGUCGUUGACGUUGGGGGCAUGCGCCAUCAGUUCUACCUCUCGCCGGAGCAGAGGCUCGAGACGGCCAAAUGGAGCUGGAUAUCGCAUCCGUUCGUCGUCAUGGGAUUCGCCACGGGCAAGGUCUCGGUCGGCCUCCUUCUCCUGCGCGUCAUCUGGGACACGGCUUACUGGCGCAAGCGCCUCGUCAUGUUCGCCAUGGGCUCGGCCUUUGUCAUCGCCGCCAUCAACGUCGUCCUCACCUUUGUCCAGUGCUCCCCCGUGGAAGCCCUGUGGGCGCCGGGCUUGAUAGCCCAAGGCAAGGCAACGUGCUGGCCGCCUGCCGUCCAGACCGGGUUCGCCAUCUUCCUCUCCAGCUGGAAUAUCCUCGCCGACGUCUUCCUGGCCCUGCUGCCGGUGACCUUCAUGUACAACCUGGAACUGGGCCGGUGGAGGAAACUCGGGCUGUGCGUCCUCCUUGGACUGUCCUUCACCGCGGCCGUCUUUGCGGCCAUCAAGACCAGAUAUCUGCUGUUGCUGAGCAGACGCUCCGACGUAACAUGGGAGACGUGUUCCUUGCACAUCUGGUCUGCCUCGGAACUCUUCGUCAUCAUCGUCUGCGGCAGCGUGCCGCCCAUAAAGCCUGUCUACGACUACGUCGUCGGCAGCCGACGCAGCGACGCAUUCGAGAGAUACGGCAGCGGCAGCGGCAGCUACCCGCACAUGUCCAGAGGCUCGAGAACCCCCGGGAGAAGCCGUCCGCUCGACUGUCUCAAAGUCCACAAGGACGAGCUCGAGCUCUAUCGCCCGCGCUCGGCAGCCCCCAGCCUCCACGACACGGACCAGCCCUCCAGGCCAACCUCGUAG